AGAUUGCAGCCUAGUUUUUAGUCGUUAUCAUCACUUACACGGCAUUAAGCAUUCCGUCAUAUUUAACCCCGACGUGAGCAAACGUCCUAGCAUUUGUCGCGAAGCUGCAUUGCCGAGUCUUGAGCUGCAUCACUCGACUUCACGAUGAAGAAAAAAGGCCACUUAGCGAGGCCGGAUGGAGAGCCUUUAUGCGACGUCUGUGCACUUGCAACCGCCACGGUGGUAUGCGACGAGGACCAUGCCCGCGUAUGUAGCUCCUGCGACAUGACGGUGCACAGCGCAAACAAAGUGGCGCAAAGGCACACAAGAUGGCCUCUUUGUGGUAUAUGCCAUCGUCACAAGGCCACGAGGACAAGCACAACGGAACAGGCGCAGGGCGUUGACGUGUGCACGGCCUGUGCUGGCGCCAUUCCAAAAUGCAUGCUGCACAAGGUGCCAGGCCCUCUUGCAGCUCCAGCGCUUCGGGAAGCGGUCCACGGGCAGCCCGGCGCACCCACCCUCGACUCCCGACCCAACAACAGUCCACUGCAACAGUUCACUGGUGCGCACAUCCAGCAACUGGUUGGGCAGCAGGUGUGGAUGCCGGACGCCUCGCUGGCCCUGGGCUCAGGCAUCGGCCCACCACCACCACUGCCUCCUGGCGCACGUGGGGGACGUGGGGGGCAGCAGCAGGGGCCUCCGCAAGGGCUACUUUCUGGGGGCGCUGCGGCUGGCGGCGACAUAGUGGCAGCAGCAGCAGCUGCUGCGGGAGGAGGAGGAGGGCAGCAGCCGCUGCCGGCGACACUGCUGGCCCAGCCUGGGGGCGGAAGCGGCAGCAGCGGUGGCGGUGGUGGCGGCACUCCGAACGAGCUGGAUGCGCUGUUCAAUAGCUGGGGCGAGGAGGGGACGCCGGGGCUGGAGGCCGAGGCCAACGUUGCCGAGGCGGGUGACAUGGACCUCUCCAUGUGGGCCGACUCGCCCUCUGUGGCUGCCGUGGGGGCAGCCCAGCAGGGGCUCAGCAGCUGCUGCUACAGCGCCCCGCGGGAAGGAGACGUGCGCGAGGCUGAGCUGCAACAAGGCAGCAGGGCAGCAGCAGCGACAGCGGGGUGCGAUAUGCACCUGGCCUGCAUGGCGGCAGCGUCGGCGGGUGGUGCAUGGGGAGCGGGGGAGCAGUGGGCAGGCGGGCAGCAGCAGCAGCAGCAGCAGCAGCAGGUGCGGCGUGACAGUCACCCCGCGGGGGCGCGGAACGUCGGGACCAAUAUGUGCCAGUCACCCGCUGUGUCGUGUGGUGCGGCAACGAUGCAACAACAGCAGCAGCAGCAAGAACAGCAGCAACAACAGCAACCACUCGAGUGUCGUAACAGCGAUCAGGGGCUCCUACGGCAGCAGUCAAACGAGGCCAACGGAUGGGCUCCUUGCGUAGGACGAAUCAGCCCGGCCUGCAGCGCAGAGCUUACCUUGCCACGUCCGCCGCCCCCGCCGCAUGUUGCAGCCCAGCAGCAGCAACAGCAACACCGACGGCUGCCGCAGCCACAACUACUAGAGCGGGCUUGUCAACCGAAACAGAACUCCCAGCAGCAGCAACAGCAGCAGCAGAGCCCACAACUGCAGCAGCAGCUGGAUCAACAACAACGACGACAGCAGCAGCAGCAGACCUCUGAACAGCAGCAGCAACAGCAGCCGCAGCAGACCUCUGAGCUUCAGCAGCAGCAGCAGCAGCAGCUGGCGCAGCAACUAUUCUACAUGCAGCAGGCCGUCGCGCAGCAGGCACAACAACACCUGUCGCAGCUCCCAGGCACCGCAUCUGGGCUCAUGUUUCAUCAUCAGCAGCAGCAGCAUUUGCAGCAGCAGCUACAACUACAGCAUUUGCAGCAACAGCAAUGGGAGCAACAGCAACUGCAGCAGCAGCAAAUGCAGCAUCAGGAGCAAGCCGACGCGCAGGCUGCUGCGAGCGCUGCCGGCUCAGCUGCUGCUGCUGCUGCUGCCGGGUGCGGCUAUCCUCCUUCGCUGCAGGCAGCUUACGGCGGCAGUCUGCCCUUCCUUCCCAGCAUCCAUUCCAGCAACGGAGGAGGCCUCAUGUUGGCAGCCGCUAGCGCCGGCUCCUGGCGCACCUCCGGCCCGCUGCCGCCAGGCCUCUCCGCCUGCUCCGGUGCAGGCGCAGCGGGUGCAGGUGGCUUGCCGCUGCCGCCUCCUGGUUUCCCCCUGCUGGCGCCCGGCCUCCCGCUGCUGCUUGGUGAGGGGCUGCAGCUGGCGUCGGCAUGGCAGCUGCCGCCGCCGCCCCAACCGCCCCAGCAGCCGCGGCAGGCGCAUUCGGGGCCGUCACAGCAGCAGCGGCAAGUGGCGAGCGAGGAGGCUGCAGGUCAGGUGGGCGCAGGUGCGCAGCAGCAGCAGCAGCAGGAAGGGACUGGUGUAGGCGGCGGAGGCGGCGGGACGUCAAGCGGUGCGGCGCCACAAUCCGGUUGCGGGCUGCAGCUGAUGCGGGCUCCGGUACAAGAGCAACAGCAGCAGCAGGGCGGGUUGCAACACAGAUCUGCGGCACCUGCCCACCCCGACCCUCACCCUCAUCGCCCCAGCCAGCCCCGCCCACCUACUCGCACCAGCUGCAACGGACAUCGCCUGGGGGGCGCCGCACCCACACCCGCACCGGCGCCUUCACAGGCUUGGGCCCCGCAGGCACCUGUACCCCAAGCACCCCCGCCACCCGUUGCUACAACAUCCCUCCCUCCACAAGUUCCGGUACUGGAGCGCAUGGCGUCUGUGACUUCCAACACGGACAAUAAGUGGAACACAAGUUUGCAACAAGCCCCAAACCAGCAGCAGCAGCCACAGCAGCAGCCACAGCAGCAGCCACAGCAGCAGCCACAGCAGCAGCCACAGCAGCAGCCACAGCAGCAGCAAGAGGUCUGGUCCCAGCAGGGCCUGCACAGUCACUCAACUUCACAGCUGAAGCAGCCGUCGCAGCCGCCACCGCUGCCUGAGGAACAUCUUUUGAGCCAGCGGUUACAGCAACAAGUGGCAUCGCAUUUGCAGGCGGUGGCAUACCAGCAAUUGCCCGCAUCACAGUCCUCAAUGCAUCAGCAACAGCAAGCAUUGCAUCAGCAACAAGCACUGCAGCAGCAGCAGCAGCAAACGCAGCAGCAACAGAUGCAAGUGCAAUUGCAAAUGCAUGCCAGCGGUCUGGCUGGCUUAUUGCAAUACAUGCAACACCCACUGCCUCAACAUGUCCUACAACAGCAGCUUUGGGAACAAGCGCAACAGCAGCAACAGCAGCAGCAACAGCAGCAGCAGGUGCUGCAGCAACAUCUGCAACACGUGCAUGCAGCUGAGCUGCGAGAAAACGCCGCAUCAGCACUCGCCUUCGCAUGUCAGCAACUACAACACCACCUGCUGCAGCAAUCAGCCCAGGGCUCCAAUCAUCCGCAGCAGCAGCAGCACCAGCAGCUGCUAUUGCAUUUGGUGCAGCAACUGCAGCUACAGCAGCAGCAGCACUCGGCCAUGCAUUCAGCAGCUGUGCUGCCUGCAGCGACGCCAUUUCCGCAGCUAUCUUCAGCUGCUAACAACCUACUGGCCGGCCCCGUGGCGCAAUGGUUGAUGCUAGACCUUGGGCACACCGUCACCACCAACACCAACACGACACACCCCACCCAACAGCAGCCUCCCGGCAGCACCGCCGCCGCACCCUCCGCCGUAGCCCUGGCCAACCCCGCCACUGCCUUACCACCCUCCUGCUGGCAGCUGUCUCCAGAUGCAGCUGCCGCCUUCAACAACGCCAGCGCUGCUGCGGCUGCCGCAACUGCUGCCUCGCUAGCUGGGCUGCCCGGCCUGUCGGCGGGUUCAGCGCUGUCCGGCCCCCCGCCUCCGCCGCCCCCAUGCAUGGCCCCGCAGCAGGCAGUGGGAGGUCCGCAAGGUCAGCAAGGCGAGGUCAGCAAGGCGGGCCGGGAGCGGAAACGUGAUCAUGCGGACCGCGAUGAGGCGCUCACGAGGUAUCGCCAGAAGCGCAAAACGCGGCAUUUUGAGAAGACCAUCCGCUACGCAUCGCGACAGAUCCUCUCCCACAAGCGUCCUCGCUUCAAAGGGCGAUUCAUCAAGAGCCAGCCGCCCUGCCCGGGUGCUGCUGGGGUGGCCGGCGUGUCACCCGCCUCCACCCUGGAGGAGCCGGCCAGCAGUGACGACCCGGAGGCGGGGGACGAGGCAGACGAUGAGCAGGAAGCCGAGGUGGAGGAGCCGCAGGAGGGACGUGACCCACGGGUCACAAGCAGGCCCCCGGGCACCGGGGGAGGAACGGUGGAGGGCGAACGCGGCUGCGUGCAGAGCGCGAGGGCGCAGCAAGCGGAGGCCGGCGGAGUAGGCUGUGUGGGGACGCGGG